GUCUUCAAUCUUCAAACAUGUACUUUGUGGCUGGAAUCAGGCUUGCUGCGCCCCAUUCCGCCCAAGCUCCAGCGGACUCCACAGUUUGCAGAGUUCUUUCGGAUGCAUCCUGUAAAACUGCAGCCAACCUGCCGUCCUUUGAGGCUGGCGCGGAACUGCCACAUGCUCUCUGCAGUCGAUGACGACAGCAAAGCAUUUGAGCUGCAGUGGUGGUCAUCAGUUCAACAGCAAAACGAAUACGUAUCUGCAGAGGAUGAUCAGGGCUUGAAGUGGAAAGCGCAAGGAUCGUGCACUGGAGUAGCAAUGCCAUGGAAGCAGGAUGACCAAUGGAGAUUGCCUGGAGGUAUCGUGUGUGAAUUGCAAGAUGUGCAAUCCUGGCUCAAAGGGCAGGGCAAAGACGAAUUGGCCGAAGUCUGGGAGAGGCUUCUUACUUUUGCACAAGAUCCUGGCAAUGAUGAUGAAGGAGAAGCACUGGGGCCAUUGAUGAACUCUUGGUACUGCCAGACGAACCAACUUAAUACCAAAGAGUUGGUGGCUGUGCAGCAUAUGGACAGGCAAGGAAUCCUUGAAGCUCGAUUCGCUUGUGAAGGGCAUGCUGUGAUUCGUGUCUUCACUCACAGUGACUUCGGACGCCAUUCCUUCCGGUCCCAAGUCUUUUGCUCCGAUGCGGCCUUCUCAUAUGCAUCCUUGGUACCGAAUGACCUGGACAGAGAAGAACGACCACUAUGCAAUCCGCAAUUUGCUGGAAAGAUAGGUGCGAGUGUCAAAAAACAUCGUAGUAGAUUUGCAGCAUUUUGCAGCAUCCUGCAGAAGGCAUAUCAGAUCAUGUCAAAUCGUGUCAGGUCAUAUUAUGAUCAUGUCAGUCAUGUCAGGGUGUAG